AUGCUCCGACAACUUUUGUUGGGAUUGUUUUUAGCGGCGUUGGCAACGGCCGCCAAAUUCAAGUACCAAUUGGAAAGGGUGGAGAGCAUCAAAAGCCAGCUGAUCAAACAAGGUAAGACGAGAUGUUUAUGUCUUUGCAGGGAAAGUGAUUGCUGGAGUUCCUAGUUGUAAGGGAAGGUCUAGAGGUGGCAAUCGGGCUGGGCCGGCCCGGCCCGGCCGGGCCCGGUGAUUGGGCCGGGCCGGGCCUGAGCAGAUUUGAAAAAGCCCUGGGCCGGCCUGACCGCUUCGGCCCAUCGGCCGGGCCGACACUUUCGGCCCGGCCCGGCCCGGAAAGUAGAUAA